UAGUCUGUAUUUCCUCUUGGGCUUUGGUAUAGAGUCAUCUUUUUGACUUUAAAAAUGGAAACGAUCUUGUUUCUUUGAAAUUGGCAGAGUUUCCUUGAUCUUCUUGAGCUUUUGUACCUUAUAAUAUAAGAAGACCUCCUUCUUACAAUAAAAUUUUCCGUAGAGGAACUCCUGCUUCUUUUCUCUUGUUCUUUCUAGGUUCUGUUCUUUCUCAAGAACCCUCUUUUCUAAAUAGUAAGGCAAAAUGCGUGCACCAUCUUUGCUUGCACAGUGCUUACCUGGCUUGGUUCCUCAGGACAAAACGAGUCAGAGCAUCUCCAGCGUUUCAGAGAGAGAUGCGCAUCUCCCGUCUCCUGCAGUUGAGAUUCUCCCUUCAAAGAUGGCACACCCUUAUAAAUAUGCUGGGGAAAAUGUAGAAGUGCAAGGUCUUCAUGUGUUCAAGGGAAGAGUUAGUGUUGCUGAUAUUAUAGGGUUCACUGGUUCUGAGAUGAUAUCCUCAAAGCCUGAUGGGUCUCUGAAAUCUUGGGACAACUCUAUUGAUCUUGUAAAUAUCCUUAAGCAUGAGAUUCGCGAUGGACAAUUGAGCUUUAGAGGCAAGAGGGUACUUGAGCUUGGUUGUAGCUAUGGGCUUCCAGGGAUUUUUGCUUGCCUGAAGGGAGCUAGUAUAGUGCACUUUCAGGACCUGAAUGCAGAAACCAUAAGGUGUACAACUAUACCAAAUGUCCUUGUUAAUCUCGAGCAAGCUCGGGACAGGCAGAGCCGACAGCCAGAGAGCCCUCUUACUCCUUCAAGAUAUACUCUGUCUCCAUCAGUGCACUUUUAUGCUGGGGACUGGGAAGAACUUCCGACAGUCUUAUCUACUGUAAGGAAUGAGGCCUUUGAAGUGGCAACAGGGAUGAGUCUGAGUUUCUCUGAGGAGGAUUUCAUGGAUGGAUGUAGUAGCCAAGAUGGUAGCAUCAUAGGACAGGAAACUUCCUCAAGGCGAUCCAGAAAGCUUUCAGGAAGCCGGGCAUGGGAAAGGGCCAGUGAGACAGAUCAUGGAGAAGGUGGAUAUGAUGUUAUUCUGAUGACAGAUAUCCCAUACUCAUUGACCUCUUUGAAGAAGCUAUAUGCUCUCAUUAAAAAGUGCUUGAGGCCGCCAUAUGGAGUAUUAUACUUCGCAACAAAGAGAAACUAUGUCGGUUUCAGUAAUGGAGUACGGCACCUGAAAGGUCUGGUUGAUGAAGAAGGCAUUUUUGGGGCGCAUUUAGUUAAGGAGAUGACUGAGAGAGAUAUUUGGAAGUUCUUUCUCAAGUGAAAAUGAAGUCAGAAGCACCCAAAAAGUACCUGCUAACUGAUCUCAAAUUAUCAGAUUCUCUUUGUUCCAAAUACUAUAUUUGUAAAUUACAGAUCACAAGUAUUCUUGAUUUUUUUUUUUUUUUUUGCUUUUCUUUGGUUUCAUAAUAAUGAAGUCAGAAUCUCAAGGUUAAGCCAGUAGGCAUCUAAUUUUGCUGCCAUACCUUGUGUAAUUUUUUUUUUCUUUUUUUCCUUUUUUUUUUUAAUUCUUUGUCAGAUUCUUUACAGUUUCAACUUGUAAAUCAAAAAGUUAAAAGUAAAUCUAAGGUUGAUAUAUUCA